AUGCCCGUGAACAAGCUUUUUAGACGCAAAGGCUACAAUAGUGGUAAGAUAGGUAACGAAUACGCCGGUGAUUGUGCCUCAGGAACGGCAGGCUCCACCCCUGGCUCCACUUUUGGCCCCACACAAACCUCUUCGGCAUCGCCUACAUCGGAAGGUGAUGAACGGCCGGCAGAGGCAUCGAACAUUAGCGGGGACUCAUCUACUUAUAAGAGUUUUCAGUACUCCUAUAAUUCUAACACAAACUCUUUGUUCAGUUCCAAGAAGACCGUUUCUACUGGGCACUCCACACAGCCUUCAAGUUCUUAUCGUUCGUAUAAGAAGUCGCAUCUUCAGCCGCUAUCUAAUGAACAAAAUACGCAAGUUCAAUCAGUUGGUCUCCCGUUGAGAGUAGUUCAUGAGGAGGAACUGGAAGAGGAUGAUGAAGUUUCCGUCGACCAUAUUUCGUCGUUGCGUCAGUCAUCUACUCAGAGAAAGCGUUCUGAUCUCGCCGCAGAUGAUCCGCACUCUACGAAAAUUGAUAGAGAGCGGCUUUCUUCUGCUAAUGAUGCCGGAGGGAACAGUAGCAUUGCUUCUUCACAUUCUGCGGGGGCAGUAACUUCUCAGAUUACCGAGUAUGAGCUUCAGAAGCUUAUUGAAUUUGUCCUAAAGCAGUUGAAGCAGCUUUCUAUUGCAGUUUCUAAUGUCAUGAUUCAAGUGUCUCAGUCUGUUAUAAAUUUGACGAAAGCAUCUAUUACUAUCAGUGAAAAUAUUGAGAAGACUACUCAGACUAUGAGUGCAAAUGAAUUUCUUCCCUACUUACCUGCAUACCAGUUCAGUACAAUUUCAUCGGUAGGCCUUCGAAGACUCAUCAAAUAUGUUCUCUUUUUAAUCGAUAACAUUAUUACUGAAGAUGUCUACAACAACUCGAAAUCAUUGGUGCUGACAAGCCUUUACAAGUUGCUAUUGAGAUUGAAAUUGAUUGAGCCUUCACCUGCAGAUGCAAGCGGUAUAAAUAGUUGUCUUUCUCUUUUAUCACCUGAGUUCUUUCCUAUUGGAGCGACAAUUCAGGAUUUCCCAGAUCAAGAUAAAGUUGCUAAGAUAAUGCAGUCUAUGACUUCCAAGCCCAAGCGGGAACUGUUUUCUGACCAAGAUGGCUCGUUCAUUGCGCCAGUGUUGCGUGGCUUCAAUAACGAAAAUUUGGCAGUGAUAACAUUUAUUUUUGGCUUUCCUGAGCCUACCAGAGAAUAUAGAGAUGUCAUUAAAUACUUUUCCACUAACUCGGAGGACAUGCAUUUCAUGGUUAUCAAAGAUUUGAUCGUUCCGGCCGCCAAUACUCAUAGGAUUCGGACAGAUGCUACUCUUCAGUUUAAAUCACCUUAUAGAACGCUCAACCACGAUAGCGAUUAUUUCCCUAUCUCCAUGUCCAUCGCAUGCAACAACGCGCUGAUACUAUCGGGAACUCUAGGUGGAUAUCUUUAUCCCAAGGUGUCAAAAAAUUGCUCAAACGAAAAGCUGUUAAAAUAUCGGAAUUCGAUCUUCGGGCUAACAUGCGCUCAUGUUGUGUUGAACGAAACCACUCUAAGCGAGAAUAACGGCGACCCCUACCCACUUGUUUCUGUUCCUUCCCCAGUGUUGAUCAAUCUUUAUAAGGAUGCCCUAAGUGCGGAGAGAUUGAAUUAUAACGUAAAUAGUGCAGAGUACAAAGCAUACGAUGAUGCAGUGAGAAAUUUGGAUGAACAGUUCCCUACUGAGGAGAUAAGAAUUAAAGGAAAAAGAUACAGAAGAAAUUUACCUCACGAAGAUUUCGGUCAGAUUGUUUGGGGUGAAAGAAUCAUUGAUGAUGAUAAGCUUUCCGACUUGGCAAUCAUCAGGAUUGAUGCUUGCAAGGGGAAAAAGUACUUAAACUAUCUUGGUGAAGAUUUACACUUGAACCAGUUUGACCCCUCGCUGAUUCUCUCUAACUUGUACGUGAAGGAGGUAGUUAGUUUGAACAAUUGCAAGAACGGAAUGCUCAAUCACGCCAAUCUUCGGGUUUUUAAAGUGGGAUCGACUACAAACUUUACCACUGGACACCUCAACGGUAUGAAAAUGAUAUACUGGUCUGAAGGAUCAUUGAAAACAAGUGAAUUUGUGAUUAGCUCUUCAAAUAAGAAGACCUUCGCUUCGGGGGGAGACUCUGGAUCAUUUGUGAUGUCCAAGCUGGCGGAUUUACAUGAUAAUAAUCUUGAAAGAUCGUUGAAUAUUCAUGAGGAUAGCACCGUUCAUCCUCCGGGACUUGCUAGAAAGUCGGUACUUUCCGCUUUCAUUGAAAGCUUUAUUCCGUCAUUUGGAUCGCACAAAGUGAUGGAUGGCGAUAAUCAGCAAACAACAGAGAUAGUUUCGUCACAAGAACAACACCUGACUGGUUUAGGACUUGUUGGAAUGCUUCAUUCGUAUGAUGGUGAACUUAAACAGUUUGGACUUUUUACUCCAAUUACAGAUAUUUUGGAAAGACUUAAGGAGGUUACAGGAUUAGCCUGGGGAGUCGUUGGAUGUGAGGAUGACGAUGAUGAAAACUUAUCGGAUGAGAAUGUAUCAGUGGAUUCUAGAGAGCAUGUUGUUCCUAUCAAAUCUGAAAUAUCUUCGUCAGGGACUGCGGACUCUAUAGAUUGA